CCGGGGCGGCUCCUUCCUUUCCUUUCUUUCCUUUCUUUCUUUCCUUCCUUCCUCUCUUCAGCGUCCGGUUGCUUCGAGCUCGUCGCCGUCGCCUCUUUCAUCUAGGGGGGAGCCGGGGUGGAGCGGGGCUCGCUCGGCUCCCUCAUCGCCGCAGUGGUCGCCGUCACUGGCGUCAUUGCCGGCCUCCCCUCCCCCUCCGCGGCGCACGCCUCGCUCGGCCGCCGCCACCGCUGGCCGGUGCGGGCGCUCCUGAGGGCUCCGGCUUCGCGGGCGUGGGGGCGGGAAAGAUCUUCUUGACUUGUUUGGUGCUGUAACCAUCCACAGGGAUUAUAAAGCUGAACUCCAUAAACUGGUAGACGUGAAAGGCCGAGAUGAGUUUGUUUAAUCUUGACCGUUUUCGUUUUGAAAAGAAGACAAGAACUGAGGAACAAAACGACUCUUCUCCCAGCCUUCCCACAAGUGAGGAGGAGAUAGAUGCUACUGCUCCUUCUUUAGAUACUGCUGCUGAGGAUACUAUAGCACUUCCUUCUGCUUCAGAAGACAAUGUUACCAUUGGUAGAGAAGAUGAUGAUGCUACUGAUCAUAGUAGCAGGCCAGCCACUCCAGCAUCUGAUGUGACAGAGAAAACUGAUGACUCCAGCGUUCCUGAAACCCCUGAAAUAAAGAGAACGAGAACACUGUCCCAUUUUAAGUAUCGGAAAGAUGUGAUUGAAUUGUCAUCAGACAGCGAAGAGGAGGAGACGGUGGCCGUGGCAUCCCCCAAUCACUCCCAAGCAAAGCAAUCCCCUGCUCCCAGGAAGGAUGUAAUUAUAAUGGAUUUUUGGCCUUACGCUGUUAAUAUGAGCUCUGAGACUUCUGAUGCAGAACAAUCUGAAGACGAGACAUCAAAAUGUAUAGACAGAAACGGUCCCUCUCAGUCUUCAGAUGCCUUGGAUGGGGAGGAUGAAGAGGAAGAUCUGAAUGAGUGCAAACUUCAGACACUAAAGGAGCUUUUUCCACAGAAGAGUGACCAAGAGCUAUUACAACUUAUAGCAUCAACUGAUACAAUGGAUGGAGCAAUAGCUGCUGGCCUCAAGUUGUUUGAAGAAGGUGGAUCUCGAAAAAGGAAACUUGAAGAAAGCGUCAGGGAAGAUGCUACAGAAAUUGAUGACCAAAGUACAAAAAAGAAGAAAUUGGAUCCUCUGGAAAGUCCUGAGAACCAAUGGGAAGAACGUGAGAACUUGGUUUGCAAGCUGCACAAAGAAUUUCCCAGCUUGGAUAAAGAGGAGCUGAGAGAUGUGCUUCGGGAACACAGCUGGAUUUUUCGAGAAGCUCUGGAGUCUUUAAAAGUAUUUAUGGAAGAUCAAGAAGAUACACAGUACCCUUCCCAAAGUGAAGUUUCAAAUGGAAAGGCAGUUUCAGCAAUUAACACCAACCAUCACCAAAAUGAUGCUGAUGUGAAAUUCAAACAGAAAUCUUCCACAAAAUCUCAGAAUGGCCUCAGAAAAAAAGAUAAAAAGAAAAAAAUUUGGAGUACUAAAAAAGACUCGCAAGAUUCAGAAUAUGAAUCUGCUUCCGAAGCUGGGAGCUCCCUUGAUGAGGACUAUGGCAGUGGGGAGGAAGUGAUGGAAGAUGGCUAUAGAGCUAAAAUACUUACUUUCUUGCAAGAUGCUUCCCUCGGCGAACUCACUUUGAUCCCUCAGUGUUCUCAAAAAAAGGCUCAAAGGAUAAUAGAGCUCCGUCCGUUUAAUAGUUGGGAAGCUCUGUUCACAAAAAUGUGCAAGACCAAUGGUUUGUCAGAAGAUAUUAUAUGGAACUGCAAAACACUGCUCAAAGAGAGGGUAGUAGUGUUAAAACUUAUGAACAAAUGUGAAGAGAUUUCCAAUAAACUGACCAAGCAAGUGACAAAGAUCACCGGAGACAGCGGAGGUGAAUGGAACAUAGAUCAGCCUUCCAUUUUGAAUCAGAGCAUGGCGCUAAAGCCGUAUCAGAAGAUUGGCUUGAACUGGCUAGCACUGUUGCAUAAACAUUCACUGAAUGGUAUUUUAGCUGAUGAAAUGGGUUUAGGAAAAACGAUUCAAGCAAUUGCAUUCCUUGCAUAUCUUUACCAAGUGGGUGAUGUAGGUCCACAUUUGAUCGUUGUGCCAGCAUCAACGAUUGAUAACUGGAUACGAGAAGUUAAUCUGUGGUGUCCUGAUCUACAAGUAUUAUUUUAUUAUGGUUCUCAAGAAGAUAGAAAGCAUCUCCGAAUGGACAUCCAUAAUAAAGCUGUAGAUUUUAAUGUGAUUGUGACAACGUAUAACAGUGCAAUUAGCAGUCCAGAAGACCGUAGUCUAUUUCGCCGGAUGAAACUUCAUUAUGCAAUCUUCGAUGAAGGUCAUAUGUUAAAAAACAUGGGUUCUGUACGCUAUCAACAUCUGAUGACAAUUAAUGCAAAGAAUCGUUUGCUGCUGACAGGAACUCCAGUUCAAAACAAUCUUCUUGAACUUAUGUCACUCCUGAAUUUUGUUAUGCCUCAUAUGUUCAGUAGUAGCACCAGUGAAAUUCGGAGGAUGUUCUCUUCUAAAGCAAAAACAAAUGAGGAACAUAGUAUAUAUGAAAAAGAGAGAAUUACACAUGCCAAGCAGAUAAUGAAACCAUUCAUCCUGAGAAGAGUUAAAGAAGAGGUCCUCAAACAGCUACCACCCAAAAAAGAUAUUAUUGAGUGGUGUGAAAUGUCUGAGAAACAGGAACAGCUAUACCAGGAACUCUUCAACUGCUUUAAAAAGUCUUUUGAAAGUCAAGAAAAGACUACAGAAAUGGGAAAUGUCAUGAUGCAGCUAAGAAAAAUGGCCAAUCAUCCCCUUUUGCACCGCCAAUAUUAUACGCCUGAGAAACUAAAAGUGAUGUCAAAACUCAUGCUCAAGGAACCUACACACUGUGAGGCAAAUCCUGACCUUAUAUUUGAAGAUAUGUCUGUGAUGACAGAUUAUGAGUUACAUGUGCUUUGUAAACAAUAUGCAAACAUCAGUGAUUUCAAACUAGAAAUUGAUCUUAUCUUGGAUUCUGGAAAAUUUAAAGUACUAGGACACAUGCUGUCAGACUUUAAAGAAAAGGGUGAUAGAGUUGUACUGUUCAGCCAGUUUACUAUGAUGCUGGACAUCCUAGAAGUUUUCCUUAAACAGCAGCAACUCCGAUAUCUUAGGCUCGAUGGAAAGACACAGAUUUCUGACAGGAUACAUCUGAUUGAUGAAUUCAAUUCGGAUAUGGGUAUCUUUGUCUUCUUGCUUUCAACUAAAGCUGGAGGACUAGGGAUUAAUCUGACUUCAGCCAAUGUGGUCAUUCUUCAUGAUAUUGAUUGCAACCCGUAUAAUGACAAACAGGCAGAAGACAGAUGUCACAGAGUAGGACAAACCAGAGAAGUGAAAGUUAUUAGACUCAUCAGUAAAGGGACAAUAGAGGAAUCCAUGCUCAGAAUCAGUCAGCAGAAGUUAAAACUAGAACAAGAUAUGACAGCAGCAGAGACAGGGGAAGAAGGAGCCAUCCCAGCAGAUAUAGCGACGUUAUUAAAAGCAUCAUUAGGUCUCUAAUAAUAUAACACUAAACGUUGUAGAUAUUUUUUUAAUUUGAGGAAAGAAUACAAUGUGGUGCUUCAAGGAGUUUUUAUGUUAUUAUUACAAUACAUUUGUAUGGACAUUAAUAACUUUUUGUAAUUUCCUUGUUGUAUGGCUCAUGGCAUAGAAUUCCCCUUCCCCCUCCCCACUAUUGGUACUCAGAGUAAAAUAUGGAGAUGCCACAAAAAUGUAGUGCAUAAAAUGCCACUUCAGCUAUAUUACCAAGGCAGUUUUAAAAUGGGGACCCUAGUUUUAAUUAAACUGCUAAUGCUUAAAAUUGUUCCAUAUUUUUGUAAUUAUUUCUACCUCCAAAUAUAUAUAUAGAAGCUGUCUAUUUCACUGGAUGUGUGGUUUUUUUACAUGUGCCUUAUUUGAAAUGCCCAUUUUUGUUGUCUUUUUGCUUGUUUUUAUUUGAAGUACUGUAAUGUUUUGUAUGAAAUUGUUCGCAUAAUAAAAUGAAACCUUAACAGUU